AUUUUAGAAGUUUGUUUUAAAAAGAUUAAACCAGGUAUUUUAGAAGUUUGUUUAAAAAAGGUUAAACCAGCUAUUUUAGAAGUAUGUUUUAAGAAGGUUAAACCAGCUAUUUUAGAAGUUUGUUUAAAAAAGAUUAAACCAGGUAUUUUAGAAGUUUGUUUUAAAAAGGUUAAACCAGCUAUUUUAGAAGUUUGUUUAAAAAAGGUUAAACCAGCUAUUUUAGAAGUAUGUUUUAAAAAGGUUAAACCAGCUAUUUUAGAAGUUUGUUUACAAAAGGUUAAACCAGCUAUUUUAGAAGUUUGUUUAAAAAAGGUUAAACCAGCUAUUUUAGAAGUUUGUUUACAAAAGGUUAAACCAGCUAUUUUAGAAGUUUGUUUAAAAAAGGUUAAACCAGCUAUUUUAGAAGUAUGUUUAAAAAAGUUUAAACCAGGUAUUUUAGAAGUUUGUUUACAAAAGGUUAAACCAGCUAUUUUAGAAGUUUGUUUAAAAAAUGUUAAACCAGCUAUUUUAGAAGUUUGUUUACAAAAGGUUAAACCAGCUAUUUUAGAAGUUUGUUUUAAAAAGGUUGAACCAGCUAUUUUAGAAGUUUGUUCAAAAAAGGUUAAACAAGCUAUUUUAGAAGUUUGUUUAAAAAGGUUAAACCAGCUAUUUUAG